UGUUACUCUAGAGAAGUAAGGAAGUUAAUUUUGUUGACGACAAACUGCGUUUUAAUGUUUUCAUACUAUUGUUUGCGUAAUGGUGUUUGUUAUAUUAAAAUGUCGAUGUUAACGAAAUAGAAAAAAAGGAAAAUUUCGAAUCUGUUUCGUUGAACUCACCGCCUGAUGCUAUAAGGUCGUUUUCGAAAGAAAAAAAUCACACGGAUAUGUUUAAAAGUACAACUGGAGGUUAUGUGGCCUCUACAGUGUACUAUUACCCCGAAGAAGAGUACUAUGACUACCAGGACAUGUAUAAUACCACGGACAGCUACAGCCUGGUGGUAUAUGAGUUUGAAAAAGUAACACUCGGAUAUGUUCGACCGAUUUUAGUUCUUUGCACCAUCCUUGCAAACAUUUGUGUAGUUACGUAUUUUCUGACAAGUAAUCGCCGAGGAAGGGCUUCGACUCUGCUCUUCGUAAACAUAGCUAUAUCUGAUACGCUGACAGGAGUGGCAUUGUUACCUAACUCAUUCAGCGUCUACUUGUCCGGCGAACACUUCCUUUCAAAGUUUGAGUGUGAUACUUAUAUGAUUCUGAAAAUGUACUUCGCGCGAGUGUUCCACACAGUUUCAAUCUGGCAGACGGUUUUCCUUGGUGUUCAAAGGUACAUUUGCGUGUGUCAUCCCUUAAAGACCAAACGGAUAUGCACAUUCUGGAAAACGUUCGUCAGCGUUGUUGUUAUGUACGCCCUGGCAUUUAUCAUGCAUAUAUACCAGUUGGUCGAUAAAAAAGCGAAGUUUGACGAAUGUAAAUGGGAGUCUGACUACCCAUGUGAAGACGCUUGUCUGUACAUGUGGAUAUGUAUCACCUUUAUGCACUUCCUACCUGGCAUUGUGCUGCUAACGCUGACGAUCAUUACAAUUCUUGCCUUGAGGAAAGCUCAGAGGCGGGCCUCUACAAUUAUGUCUCACAGGAAAAACAAAACAAGGAAUUCUAAAGAGAAGAUAAUCACGAUAACGGCGUUCUUAAUUGUCGUCUGCUUCUUGAUCCCAGAAAUACCAUACGGUGCAUACAAACUGUACAUAAUGUUGUCUAUCUCAAUCGAAAGUGUUCAAUUACCAGCGGCAAAGCUUAACCAUACCAUGAUAUCCGUUUAUGAAAUUCUCCUUUUAGUCAGCUUUCAUGCCAAUUUCUGGAUCUAUUGCGCUAUGAUGUACGAGUUCCGCCACGCUCUUGUGAGAGUUGUCACUCUCGACAUAUUCAAGCGGGGCUUUGCCAGACAACUCUCUUCCUCCACAUCGUCAAUUCAUACAAACGACGGUUUUCAGUCCUUCGCUUGGAGAUCGAGUUCGAUUUCGAACCGGAAACGAGUCCUCAGUAGGAAUACCAGCGUUCAUUCGAAUACGUCGGAGGAAGUGCUUGAUACGUGUCCGAAACUGACGCUUAACUCCUCAUCGUCAAAGCAUGCAGGAUCACCUGAUUUUCCAACAACACUGUUUACUACUGAUGAUGAACAUAAUGAUGACGUUUUUGUAUAACAAUAAAUAAUGAUCAUACAAA